AUGAGGUCGAGCGGUGAGAAAAAAGUUCGUGGACUAUCGCUUAAACCUGGACAGCGAAAUGUGGAAGUUCACCCUGAUCUUCAUUUGUCCUCCGUGUUUGAUACAUUUCCUGAACAACAGGAGAAUAUUGUUCGUGUAUUUGAUGAAGAGGGCCGCUUAACAACCCGUGAGAUUGGCGUGAAACGUUUUCAUUUUGCGCGUCUUUCUAUUUUUUACGCAUUACGUUCACUAUCUUGGGGUGUACUCAUUACGUACUCUAUUUUGAUGUAUGUAACGAUUCUUUUUCUUUCGUCUGCUUUAUAUCUUGGUUGGAGUACCAUGUGUGGGGCAGGAGAAGGUAUGUCAUUGACUGAAGCGCUUUAUUUUAGUGUUGUGAGUCUUGCCGCUAACGGUGGUUACAUUGGCGAACAACCGGAUACGAUGGUACAACCCGGCCAUAUUUGUUUUACUGGACGUACAGUGAUUGUAAUGAUGUUAUCAUAUGCGAAUAUUAUAUUUGUUGGAAUGGUUGCUGCUCUUGUUGUGAGUAAAGCGGAAUAUAGUGGUAGACUUGGACAGCGUGUUGUAUUUAGUGAUUUCUGUUCAUUAACAGCUGUACCCGGACGACCAGAUCGUUGUUGGAGGCUUACAUUUCGUAUGGCAAAUAGUAUUGGUGAGAAUCCACUGGCGCAUGGACGAUUGCGUGUGUUUAUUAUCACUGCUGAACCAUUAAAAGACUAUAGACUACGACGUAAAGAAAUGUCAAGAAUGUAUUAUGGGAAACUCUUAGACAAACAUCGUCAUCAUCAUCAUUCACAACAAGAAAAAGGAGAAGUUUCAGAUCGUGGACGUGGUAAUUCCUCCUCUUCCUACUUGACAUUAGAUCGUCUGCAAGAACUACAAUCAACAAAGAAAGGAGCAAAUAUGAGUUUUGUUUCACAAAUGGAUCCAGCAUUGGCAGCUGCCUUUUCUGAAAAACUCACGAGAGAACAACGUGGUAGACAAUCAUCCGGAAAACCAAAACACCGUCGACAUCAAGGGAAACUAUCUUCUCGUAAUGUUGAUGAUAACGCAGAGAAUACAUCACGAACAAGAGGAAGAGGGACAUCCCAACGUGAGGGCGAGACAUCUGCAGAGGCAACAAUGGUUCAGAUUGGAGAAAUCCCACAAAGAGAAUCCGAAUCUGAACAUGAUGUAACUAAUAAAGGAACGAAAGAAGUUGAAAAACAACAACGUAAACAACGGGUUCGCAUCUCCGCCGCCCCCGACACGGUUGUGCAAUCACAUGAUCCACCCAGUGGUGGAAAUCCCUCCUCCUCUUCUUCUUCCGAUACUUCAACUGUUUCUAUCAAGACAAACCCAAGUGAAGGUAGUCGUCUGGCAGCAGAAAAAGCGGCUGCAGCGAACAGUGGUGAUGCGGAUGAUUUUGAACGUGUAUGUAUUCGUGUAGAAGAAGUGCGAUGGACAUGUUCAGAGGAAAGAUACUUGGAAGCUCGAGAGGGACAACUCUCACUAUGGUUUCCAGUAAAUAUCACCCACACCAUUGAUCGACAAAGCCCCUUAUAUCGCUAUAUAGAAGGUAAUAGAGAGGAGAAUCCAUUCAUGUCUUCUACACCCUUAACGAGUCCAAGAGGAGGAAAGACAUUAGCAGGGAAAAAAGGAGAUUCCAUGCGUUCUUUUCAAUUAGUGGCUACAUUUGAUGCUACUGAAAUGGAGAGUGGUGCUACUAUUACAGCAAAGCGUACGUACACUAUGAGUGACAUUGUUGCGCAUUAUCGUUUCUCCAACAAGAUGGUACGUAUGAAACCUGAUAGUAAUGAGGUACGAAUUGAUUAUCACUACUUUAAUGAGAUGCUUCCUAUUACGGCAGUUGAGUCUUCAACCACAGAAAGUGAUGCAUCUCAUGAUUAA